GCUCCCGGCCAGGCUGGCUCAUGUCACAAUCACACGCAUCCCCGGACGAGCUGUCCCCGGCAUCCUAGCAUCGGGAGCGCUCCGCGGCCAAUUCCUCCUCUCUCCCCUGUAUACGGAGAGGGAACUCCCAGAGCCAGGCGCGCCCCCGCUACCACUCCAGCGCGGGCACCAAGCAAACAUCAGCUCGCCCCCGACUGAGAGAUAGAGAGAGAGAGACCCUCCUCCAUUCAGAGCAGGCAGGAUCUGUUCUCAGCGAGCCUCUGUGUACCGCAGCCGCUCUGCACCUCCAGCAUCCUCCGUGCCGGCACCUUCCCCGCAUCCCCAAGCAGGUUUUUAUAUAAAGACCCCACUGGAGACACUAUGGAAAGCAGGCUACCCUUCCAUAAGAGGAACCUAGGCAUGCUCCUCACCCUGUUCAUGUGGCUGUCAUCAAGGCAAGUCCUUGCAGAAAACAUGGAUGAUGAUGCAAAAAAUAACAUAACCAUCUUCACAAGAAUUCUAGACAGACUUCUGGAUGGGUAUGAUAAUCGUCUCAGGCCGGGAUUAGGAGACCGAGUAACAGAAGUACACACAGAUAUCUAUGUGACCAGCUUUGGACCAGUUUCUGAUACAGAUAUGGAGUACACAAUAGAUGUGUUCUUUCGGCAAAACUGGGAAGAUGAGAGAUUGAGGUUCACGGGUCCAAUGCGCAUUCUUCGAUUAAACAAUCUGAUGGCUAAUAAAAUUUGGACUCCAGACACUUUCUUUCAUAAUGGGAAGAAAUCUAUAGCCCACAAUAUGACGAUGCCUAAUAAGCUUUUAAGAAUUCAAGAUGAUGGAACGCUGCUUUAUACAAUGAGGCUGACCGUCCAAGCUGAAUGCCCUAUGCAUCUGGAAGAUUUUCCUAUGGAUGCUCAUGCCUGUCCAUUAAAAUUUGGCAGCUAUGCCUACACAACCGCAGAGGUGACGUAUGUAUGGACACGCAAUGCCACAGAGUCAGUUGUGGUAGCACCAGAUGGCUCAAGAUUAAAUCAGUAUGUCCUCUUAGGACAUUUAGUUGGCAAAGAAACCAUUAAGUCAAGCACAGGAGAAUACACAGUUAUGACAACACAUUUUCACUUGAAGCGAAAAAUUGGUUAUUUUGUGAUUCAGACCUAUCUCCCUUGCAUCAUGACCGUCAUCUUGUCUCAGGUGUCAUUCUGGUUGAAUAGGGAAUCUGUGCCUGCAAGGACAGUCUUUGGUGUUACCACUGUACUUACUAUGACAACUCUUAGCAUCAGUGCAAGAAACUCCCUGCCAAAAGUUGCUUAUGCUACAGCUAUGGAUUGGUUCAUUGCUGUCUGCUAUGCAUUUGUCUUUUCCGCUUUGAUAGAGUUUGCCACUGUUAACUAUUUCACUAAAAGAGGAUGGGCGUGGGAUGGAAAAAGUGUGGUUAACGACAAGAAAAAAGAGAAAGCAUCUGUCAUUAAGAAAAACAAUGCAUAUGCAGUUGCUGUAGCAAACUACGCUCCAAACAUCACUAAAGAUUCCGCUCUCCCAACAAUAUCAAAAAGUGCAACAGCAGAUGCCACCAAGGCAAAACCUCAAGAGGCAAAGAAAACAUUCAACAGUGUUAGUAAAAUUGACAGAAUGUCUAGAAUAGUCUUUCCACUUUUAUUUGGUACAUUUAACUUGGUAUACUGGGCUACCUAUCUAAACAGGGAACUUGCUAUUGAAGGGCUUGUCCUAUCGAAAUAGACUAGAUGCUUUAUAUUCCAAAUGAUGUUCUGGCAUUUGCAGACUCAGAUUGUUCUAGUAUGUAUGACUAAUAACUUGUGAAUUGACAUGUACAGUAAUCACCUCUUGUCUAAGGAGAGGGGACUCUGUUAAAUAGAAUGAGCUUUUGAAUAGACACUGUAGCAGUCAUGGCUUUUACAAGUUUCUUCUUGACCACAAAGUAUUUACACUUUGUAUUAAGGUACGACAGCAGCUGAUGAAAAAUGGCUACCUGUUACCAGAGAACACAUUUCCUACUUUAUGUUUUUAUUUUUAUUUUGUGGGAGGAGGGACCCUAUUUUGUUAAUUGAAACGUUACUCUUUUAUAUGAUAUUGCAACAUGCUUGUGUACUACAAAUUCUUUCUAAUUUCGUAUGUAUACUAUUAACAUCAUGCAGACCCAAAAAUAAAUUCAGUGGAUUCUGUUUCAAUUAGAGAACUA